CCUGCAAUUUAUAGUUUCCAGUGUAGCACACAAAAACGCAGCCAAGAAUAAGCUGGUCCAUAAUUUGACACGCCGUCAGCAGCUUCGUGUCGCCGUUUACCACCUGUAGCAGGUCCAAUUUUGUCACGAGAUGCUCUAGAGUGUGGUAUCCGGGCGGGGCCUGUGCAAACGUAACCAAGGUGUCAAAAGAGACCACUCCCUGUUCUUUCAAAUAUGUCAACUCCUUCCGCAGACUAUAAUUUGUAACGUAGCCAUAGAGUUCGCCAUUGCGGAGUACCGGAUACCCGUUCAUCUCCGGUGCUUUCUCGAUAUCUGCGAGGGUCAGUGCGCCGUCCUCAAAAACCUGUAUGUCCUCCGUCGGCCUCAUCACCGACGCACAGGUUUUCACCGCGUACUCAGGGUUCGAAAGAUGGUCCCCAAUAUUGGGUGCCACAUAUGGUAGGUGGGAGAUUCGAAGCCACAUCUCGUAGAUGCUCUGGUCCACAAUCAUGUCGUUCAAAAAGCGCGCACAGAAGACACCGAGCAUGAUGGGAAUCAUAUACGUGACAGCUCCAGUGAGCUCAAACAAAAUGACCACCAUGGUGAUGUUCAUCUUAAAGACGGCUGCAGCAAACGAGCCGGCUCCAACCACGGCAUACGAGGCCACAGAAAUGCACUUCUUUUCGUUGAGACACUGAAGAUGUAGCGCUGACGUAAUCAGGUGGUUCUGGGCAACCUCGAGCAAGACCCCAACCAAACGCCCCACGGAGCCGCCAAUCACCAGCGACGGCAGCAGAAGCCCACCCGGAACAUUACAGCCAUAGCUGUAUGCGCUGAAAAGAAAGCUUUGCAGAAUACCGGCAACGAGGGUCCCCGAAAGCUUCCAGGGAAAGCCAGAGUCUUUGGAGCACAGCAGGGCGUCUGAGUCGCGCGUGCAGCUGUUGAACAGCUGUUGAAGCAUUUUGGGAAGCGAGAACAUCGAGUAGCUGGACAGCUGGCCUACUAUCGCGCCGGCUAGGGCAAUGGAAACGACCUCAACAAUCUUUAAUUUAUCAUUGUCGAGUCGUUGCUGUCUGAAGGUUGCAAAAUAGAUAUUCAGCUUGCAGAAGAAAAUGCCGAGCGCGCCGCAAAGGAGUCCCAGAAACAUGUACGGGAGCGUUUCGUAGCUGAGCCAGUUGUUUUUCAGCGACACUGUGAACAUGUCGUCGAUAUGCAUCUCCAUGAAGGGGUGUAAUUUCUGGAGCACGGUAACGCCGACCGUAGAACAGAUAAAUGCGUUCCACAUAAGUUUAUCGACGGGGAAUGCGGAGUGGAUCUGUUCGAGACCAAAGAGCACGCCGCCAAUUGGCGCGUUGAAUGCGAGACCAAUUCCAAUGGCGACUGCCGACGAGAGGUACUCUCGUUUCACCGCCUCGUUUUGAUAUGUUCUCUUCUAAUCGUGUAGAUACAAACUGUCCACGCAGCCAAACCCAGCAGCAACCCCUCCCUCGUUGGACGUGCUAGUUUUGGACCGCAGCAGGUAGCCGGCAUAGUCAUUGUGGAGGAUCGUGCCGUCUGUCUCGUUGAAGAGCAGCGUGCCAAACAUCCCCAGCUCGCUCACAAUACUCUCGUCGAGAACUUCGCCAUUCCUCAGAAUGUGGUUGUCGUGAACAGCAGGAACAAUGAGCUCCAUCAAAAUGUACGCUCCCCAUUCCUUCUCGUCCAAGCUGCGCAAAAAGCCAGGAAUGUCCUGCUUGUAGAUAUUGUUUCCGCCGCCUUCUCUCUGGGGCUUCAACACAAACCGUUCCGAAUGCUCGAACACAAGCUUUUUUGCAAUCUGGCCCUGCUCGCUCGAAUCCAGUGGGUAGAUUCGCACGAACGUGGAGAGAAGUUCCUCGUCCAAAAAUCCGUAUUUCUGCAGCACCGCCCGGUCAGUCAGAAGUUGUUGCACUUUCUUGGCACCACUCAGUUGGACCAGCAAGGACGGGCACUUGACCGCUUUAGUUGUUUCAAGUAGCAGGCGUGCUUUCCAGGAAUCUGGAUGGUUGUACUCACUAGGAGCGUAUGCUGAACGAUAGUACACCACGGCCACCUCCUGUUCCUUGUAGAAAAGCUUACUGGAGGAGUCGACCUUCACUGAAGAAGUGACCUUGUCAAAUUCGACUCGCUCCGAUUUAACUCCUUUGGCAAACAAGCUGUAUUCAAUGGCGCGCUGGUCAAACACGUUUCUUUCUCCAGGCUGAACAACAAAGAGAACAAUGGUGGACGCUGUUUUUUCGCUUGUUUCGUAGUAUUUCACCGCUUCAAGAAGCCCCUUGGCAAGUCCAUCCAUAGACUGGCUGGUUGGCAAGUCAGCCUCUUGGUAGUACUGCGGUCUGCCGUAGAGACCCUGGGAGUUGAGAAAGCUAUGUAGCUGGCCCACUUUCGGCGAAAGACCACCAAAGGAAACGCUAACUGUGUUGAACUCAACCUGUUUGAUCGAGUUGGAUACCGUAUCCAACAUGUAGUCCGACCUAAACAGCCCCAGCGACACCGGUUGUACAAUCUUGGGCUCUGCCUCCAAGUAUGUCUUGUGCAACAUGCCUGUGAAAUUGCGGUCGUAUUUCGAGAGAUCUGCAAUCACUUGUUUGAGCCAGCUCUUGUCCACCACAACACGACUAUACAAUUCGUUGAAUUUCGUCGAGAUGGCAAUUCCCUUUGAGAAUUGGGCUCUGGGAAACGGCGUGGGAUAAAGGGUAACCGGUGCCACCGACGGCUGGUAAGCCUUGAAGCCGGGUGGAUAGAUCACCAGGCCAUUGGAAAUGGCGUAGUGUGUGAGCUUCUCCACAAGGUCAUCUAAGGCAGCCCCCGAUAGAUCUGGAAAAGAGAGAGCCAUGGGUGUCUAAAUUGAUUUGUAAUUUUAAUAUUUCGCAAUAGUUUACCCGGCUAGUCAAAAAUUUUAAUCAAAACAAAACACUUCUCGUUCUUCACUCUUUGCCAUGUCUGUUCAUUUUGGCCAGGUGCUGGGAUUUGGGGCUCCUGUCGACACGAAAAAGGAAACCAAGCUCGAGGUGACCGAGCUUCAGAAAAGAAGGGCUGCAAGAUAUACGAAUGCCGCGUUAUCCAAUGGCACGUCUUCUGGCAUCGGAUCCUUGUUCCCGACCACAAGUCUCACGUCGUCGCUAUCUGCAGGCUUCAACUCGUCACAGCUAAUGAAAUACCAGCCGUCCAGUGAAAAAUCGCUUCCACUGCUGUCGUCUACCCCCCCAUUGACUCUCGUGGAUCAGUGCAUACAUAAAGCAAUCGAGAAAGACAACACCACCCCGGCAUUGAGCGAGGUUCUCACCAAGUACGCAAUCGAUAGCUACAACUAUAAAGCCAAUGGGUCGCUCGGGCCAUUUUCGCGAUUUGAAAAGUCAAACAUUUACAACAUCCCCGACCAGAUCUUCCAAGAGUACAACAGCCUCGAUUGCAUAACCAACAUGGGCAUUUUGACAGAACUGCAAAGAGCCUGGUUGACGAUCGAUAACAAGCUGAUUAUAUGGAACUACAGGGCAGGGUCGCAUGAUCCGGACUAUUUUACAAUUGACGAGUUGAAGAACACCAUUCUCACAGUGAAACUGGUGAAGCCUAAACCAAAGGUUUUUGUGGACAGCGUCAACUAUUUGCUGAUUGUGGCCACUUCCAUGGACAUUCACAUUUUGGCUGUGGAGUACACGCCAUCCAGCUUGGUGAUCUCGGACACCAAAAUGAGUGUUCCUGCACACGGUCUGGUCGUGAACAAAAUUGUUUCCUUUGAUCAGACAAACGACAUUUUCUUUACCGGAAUCGGGGACGGCGAAAACGUGUGGCGGCUGACGUACUCCAAUACGGAUGAGUGGUUCCAGCGUAAUUGUUACAAAGAGUGUCUCACCAAGUCGGGUCUCUCGUCUGUCGUGCCAAACUAUAAUGUUUUCCAAAAACUCCCGGGACUACGAGGCCAAGAAAAUGACCCUAAAACAGAAACCAUCAUCCAGCUGGAGAUUGACUCCACUAGAAGGAUUCUGUAUACACUAUCUUCAAAGUCAACAAUCAGGGCCUAUAGACUUAAGAUCACAGAUGGAAAAGUCGAGCUAGGCGCUAGCGUCGUGAAAAGACCAUACAACAUCCUCAAAGACCUGGCGACUACCACAUUCAAUCUUCAGUCAUCCUUGCUGAAGAAAGACGGGUUCAAAAUUGUCAACAUUUUCCCGAUCACAAAAAACGAGAGCGACAAUCUGUUUCUGGUCGCUGUAACGAACACAGGUUGCAGACUAUAUGUUAACGGAAGCACUAUAUACGAGAGACUGGCUUUUACGACCAGUUAUGUGAAAUUCCCCCCACCAGACUCCAGCUUCCAUGAAAAGCUGGAAUCACUGAAAGCUCAGCAGUUGCACGACCAGAGCUUUAUGUCCAAUGGAAUCAAAUCCGAAGGAGCGAAGUCGAUCACCAAAAACCCGGUCUUGAGUGAAAUAACUCCUCAGGAUCUCAAGGCUGCGCAAGAAAACUCCAAACUCUUGAGCAACAUCAAGGAGUCGCUUAUAGUUUCGCCAGGUAUAUUUAUCUGCCAUAGUGAGGACCAUCUUUACAGCUCUGUUCCAGACUAUGGUGUUCUCAAACAUUCAUUGCAAUAUGUUGAAGACUUUGAGGAACUGGAUAGAAUCCAGUCUAUUCAUUCGAUAGUACCUAUUACUCCAAGCUUCCACGCCACAAACACUCCAAAAGGAUACUGCAAUCAAUUUGCGUGUCAGUAUUUGGCAUCUCCAUUAGAGGUUGCAGCUCUUACUUCCACCGGUAUUCACGUCUACCGCUACAGAACCCCGGAUAUGAUAUUAGAAGAUUCGCUCAAUGACAGGACGUAUAGCGAGUUUUCUGGGAAGUACGGUUCACGCGAGGCAUGCUCCACUGCGUUGUACUUGGCAUGUAAGUACCGACAGGGGGACAAUUUGAGGAAUAUGGCUACCAAGUUCUACAUUUCGGGUGGUAAAAAUUCUAGCCUCAACAAAAAUCUACCAGCUAUCGUUGACAACGUGGAACUGAGCGAUAGAUUCUAUGCCGUAAUUCUUUUACUUUCAAGAUUGGUGAGGGAAUUCUGGGAUAAAGAAAUAUUUCGGCUUGACCCCAACGUGAAAUUCAAUAGGAAUGGCUAUAUUGAUGAGGACUCGCUAAAGAAGCUGAACAAUGAAAAGGUGCUACUCGCGGGACUCAGCAUUACCAAAAAUGAGCUUGAAUACUUUUUGUGCUCGCUGAUUAUUAUAUUGAACUUUUUUGAAGAAAACAAGAAGACAAUACCAGGACUGCUCGGACCUUUAUAUGAAACAGGGACAAAUAGCAAAGAAACUGAACUUUGUUUGCAGGCCGAGAAUAUUGGAUUCAAUGCUAUUCUCAAAUUUCUUGGAAGUGUGAAAGAAGGUCUUUCAUUUCUGGCGAUCCUCUAUGAUGAUGAAAACACUGGUAAGAACUUUGCAGAUGUGAUGAGCUAUCUCACCCUCCAAAGUCAGGCUGAUCUUAGCUGCUUGACUUUCUCUGAAUUUUUCAGCUCUAAAGAUCACACCACAUCCAAACUGGUUAAGGAGAUUCUUUUCUCGGUGAUUAACAAGAGCAUUGCUGCUGGUGACUCGGUCGAGCUUGUUGCUACUACCUUACAAGAGAAAUGCGGCUCCUUCUGCUCAACCGGAGAUGUUCUUAUAUUCAAAGCCAUUGAGAGUUUGAAAAAGGCCAAAGAUUUUGCAUCUUCUAAUGACAACGAGAACAAGAUGAAACAUUUAAAAGCUGCCACACAACUGUUGAGUCAAACAAGCGACGCUCUGACCUUCGAAACAAUUAACGACCUGGUUGGUGUUAUGCUUCAGCUGGAUUACUACAUUGGAGCAAUCGAGCUGCUCCUCACAGUUGCUUCUGCCAGCGACCCAACGAAUCUUGCACUCAAGUAUAAUCUCGAUGGCCAGGUCUCAGUGAUGGUGGAUGAUCCUAAGAAACUAGCUUUUGAAAAGAGGGUGAAGCUCUAUGAGCUCAUUUUUAAGAUUCUGAUCGAUAUUGAUGAGAAGGCCAUUGUUAGCUUGGAGAAGGCAGCCAAUAACACCAGUUUCACGGACGCCAAGGCUCCAAUUUCAUAUUUCGGGUCCGACGGACAGCUCAUGACCCAUUAUUCGGAGCUGAGAGACCAAAGCUACGAGAUCUGCCUGAAAAGCCAGGACAAAUUGUUCCAUUACGAGUUUUACAAGUGGUUGGUCAAGAUCGGCGUUGGUGAACGCUUAUUAGACCUGGAGACCUCAUUCGUUCUAGACUUCCUAAAAGACUAUUCUUCCAAAGAUAUGGAGAUGGCCAAACUAUUGUGGAUUUACUACUCCCGAAGAGAAAACUACUUCCAGGCAGCCAAAGUUCUUUUUGAUCUGUCCAUCUCCAAGUUCGAUAUCGAUCUGGCAAACAGGAUCCAGUUCCUGUCGCGAGCCAAUGGAUUCUGCAAUUGUGUGUGUCCACCAGACCUGAGACAAGAAAUGACGUUCCUUUCUGUGACCAUUGGUGAUCUGCUUGCUGUGGCCAACUUGCAAGAUGAGCUUCUCCUGACUAUUCUGGACGACGAACGUGUUAGCGAUUUGGCCAAGCAAGUGGCUGUCACAAAGCUGAACGGAAGGGUGCUGCCGAUCAGUGACUUGUACAACAAUUUCAUCGACCCUCUCGGGUAUUACACUUUGGCCCUGGUGACGUUCAAAAUAUCAGAUCACCGAAACUCUGAGGAUAUUCUGUCGCAAUGGGAAAAUCUCUUGAAUAAAUGGUAUUACAAAAAUAAAGACUCUGGAGAGCCAUUGUUUUCUGAGAUCAACAACGAGUUCAUUGCUGUGGGUUUGCGAGUUUCCGACACUGAGGUUCUAUUCCCAAUUGUGGAGUUGUUCCAACUGUUGGCAAAGUAUUUUUACUCGUCGGAUUACUGUCCCGAACAGCUCAGACCGCCUACAGGGGUUCUUAUUGACGCUUUCAUUCGCAGUGGAGUUUCUUAUGGAAAACUGUACUACAGUCUCAGAGACCUGGUUGAGUCAACCACGUUCGAACUUUUCGAUGGCUACUCCAGAGUGCUCAAACAGGAAAUGUGCUAUCUAAUCAAGGCGUGGUUCAAGAACGAUAAAAAAUUGCGAGAUGUUCUCUCUGCUGACUCUGUGAGAGACCUUUCUGACUACUCGGUUGAAACUGAUCCUGUCUUCGCAUACAUCAAAUCAACAGGCAACCCGUUGUGACAUAGACUGUAAGCGUAAUAUAUUGUUAAUCUUCAUCAGGUAUUUCGAUCACUUCCGGAACCGGCUUGUCGAUCUCUACCAACUCGUCCUCGUUGGGCACCGCGUCUGGAUCUACGGUGCAUGUUUUCGCGUCCUUGGCUCUUCUUUCGGCAGCCUCUAGCAUCAACUCGCGCAUGCUCUUGUUCUGUUUUGGUUUAUUAGAGCCCAGUUUUUCAACUUUUGCCACAUAUUUGACCUGUCCGAGCUUUUUCAGUCGCAUUUCUCGGAUCAGCCCGUUUUUGCGGCCCCCUAAGACCUGGCUCUCGGCGACAUACCCUGUCUCCUUUAGGGCCCCGUUUCGCUUGAUAGAGUGGUACUUCUCGCGCAGCUGGUCCAGUAGUCGGUAGAAAUUGUUAUCAUGCGGGCCGUACCUGUUGUGGCUGAGUUCGUGCAACAUCGUCUCAAUCACGUCCUCCAGAGGAAGAAACCGGUCUCUGGCGUGCGGAUACCGCAGACGGAGACAUAUUUUCGAGCCGGAGUUCACGUUCAGACCCAGAAGCUGGGGAUUUGGGGGAAAAAACUCGCAAAGCGUGCCGACUUUGAAUCCGAAUGAGCGCAUCACAGGAGCCACCUCUAAUGCGACUUUUUGCAAGCGCUCGAGCGCAUGAUUGCUGUCUUUUUGGCGUGCGAGCG